GGACCAAAUGCCGCAUAAACAACGCCGAGGCAAAAGGCAUUGUUAUCCGAUGAAGAUAAGGCCCAAACUCCGACGUUAUCCACCGCCGUCGCUGCCGACUCACAAAUCGCGUCUUGUUCACGCGUCUUCAUUACGUGUAACUCUAACCAUUUCUUCCCUUUCACCCUCCGCUUUCGCUUCAUAUUUAUCUCAAUCAAUCAAAUCCCCAAACCCCCUUUUCUAUCUAGAGAGGAGAAGAAAAGUGAAACAAAGUAACCCAAAACGGGGGUUCAGUUUCGUCUUCAAGUUCCAAGUUCCAAUUGGGUUUUCUUUUAGUUUUUCCUUUGUGGGUUCAACCAGUUUCUCCUCAAACAAACAAAAACUUCUGCUCUUAUCCAUCAUCCACUUGCUGUUGACGGGCUUCGAUCUCUCCAAUCGCGGUACCCCACCCGCUGAUUCAUAUGGUUUCGUAGUUUUUAUCCAUUUUCAUCGCCUUUUCUAAAAGCGUUUCUGGGUCUUCUCUCACGACGUUGAUAGGAUUCUCCCCUUUUCGGGAUUUGGAGAUUUGGGAUUUUUUUUGUUUCCUCGCUUUCUUGUGUUCUGAGCGAAGAAUUAUGGUGCGGCGGCAGCAAAGAGAUCGGGAAUCGAGUGUUUUCUACGAGCUUUCUGCUCUUGUUAUGAAUAUUAUCCGACCGCCUCCGUCGUCGGUCCAUUUUUCCGAUCACUCGCCGGCGGUGGUGUCCGUGUCGCAAUCAAGACGGCCGAUUCCGGCGCAGAUAACUCCGGCGGGGUUCGCGUCGCUCCUUCUCGGGAUUUCUCUGGCUCUGAUGCUCUGUGGAUCGGUUACGUUCUUCAUCGGCUUCAUGAUGAUGCCCUGGGUUAUUGGGUUGGUGAUGUUUUUCUACGUCGCCGCCGUUGUAUCGAGCAUCACCAUGAUCGGACGAUCGAUUUUCUGCUACGCGACGGCUCCACCCACGCCGAGAAAGGACAUUUCAGCUUGGAAAGUAAUGUGAAGAGGAAGAUGAUGACAGUUGAAAUAAGCGAUUACUGUUUACUGCGGUUAGGGGGGCGGGCAGCUCUAGUUUCCUUGGCACUGCAUCGCCCGGGUGGCUUUCGUCUCAGCUCGACGGUGAAGAUGUGUUUUUUAAUAGUAUAUUUCAUACUGGAUCCUGUUGAUAUUGUUUCUGUUAAUUGAAGGGAUCAAAUUGUUGGGUUGUGGAGGGUUUAAGAAUAUGGUGGGGAAAUGUAAGAGGUAGAGACUGGCUCCAUCUCAUUUCCUCGUCUUGGUAUCUCAGAGGCCAUACCUUUCAGGUAACUUGUAUUGAUUAUAGAAAGUAUUUAGCUGUCAAGGUUCUCAGAAACAUGUUUCCCUUUUUUCCAUGUCAUCUUUUUGCUUUUUUUUUUCAAGAAUUUUUUACUUUUAAAUAUCGAGCCUCGCCCUCGUUUGUUGAAGGUUCGUGUCAUGAGACGGAUAUUUGUAUUCUCAUGUUUGUUUUGUGGGAAUGUAGGAUACACGAGUAUCUCAAAAUGUCUGGGUAUCUUAUAAUGCC